GUGUGUGUGUGUGUGUGUCUGUGUGUGUGUGUGUGUGUGUUAAACUGUAAAAAUCUACAGCUAGUGAAAAGUUUCAGGAAGAACAGCACUGUGUUCAUUUCCCUUCAGUUCUUCUGUGGGCUGCUGGUUGUUUGUACUUCUCUUCUCUGGACUAAUUCUCUUCUCUGGACUAAUUCUCUUCUCUGGACUAAUUCUCUUCUCUGAGGAAAAAAAAAUGCAGGCCAUCUUUGGAAUCCUGAUGAUGUUCAUAGGAGCUGCCUCGGGUUUGCUGUUUCAGGAUCCUGUUGUCUGUAAAUUUAAUAAGAAUGAUCAGUGUUAUGUAGCUCUGGGAGAACGACUUCACCUGCUAAUACCUCCAGCAGAUAUCUUUAACCUAAACAUCAGAGACAAGACAUCUGGCAAUCGUAUAAUUAUAAGAUUUAGAAAAAACAACCCUGUCUAUUCAGAAAAUCUCCCCAGAUGGCAGUUUGUUAAAGAGAAUAAUACUAUGAUACUAACCAGUGCAGAGAGAAGCGACUCUGGAACAUACAGUUUAGAAACCAGUGAUGCAGGAGGAACUUUAACAGGCAUUUAUACUCUCCAGCUACACACUGAAGCUCAGGUGUCCUCAGUCAGUGUGUGGUACAAAUGCUUGGCCUCUGAGGACAUUAAAGUGCACUGUUCUGCUGAAGGAGACGACCUCACCUACAGCUGGACUUCUGAUUUCAACACACUCUCUCAACUGGAGAAUGGGAUCAGCAAACACACACUAAAUAAAGGGCAUCAUGGAAACAUCACCUGCUACGUAAAAAUCACGUCAGCCAAAGCCACAAUACUACUGUACUGCAGCCAUGUCCAGAACCCACAACACGCCGACCAUCAGUGUCUCAACAAGCAGCAACUUCACAAGCUUUGGUUUGCUGUUUCAGGAUCCUGUUGUCUGUAAAUUUAAUAAGAGUGAUCAGUGUUAUGUAGCUCUGGGAGAACGACUUCACCUGCAAAUACCUCCAGCGGAUGGGUUUAACCUACACAUGAUAUACACGACAUCUGCCUAUCGUACAAUUAUAAGAUUUAGAAAAAACAACCCUUACUUAUCAAAACCAAAUCUCCCCAGAUGGCAGUUUGUUGAAGAGAAUAAUACUAUGAUACUAACCAGUGCAGAGAGAAACGACUCUGGAACAUACAGUUUAGACACCAGUGAUGCAGGAGGAGCUUUAACAGGCAGUUACACUCUCCAACUACAUACUGAAGUGACUUUGUCCACACAGUCUAAUAAUGGUUUGCUGUUUCAGGAUCCUGUUGUCUGUAAAUUUAAUAAGAGUGAUCAGUGUUAUGUAGCUCUGGGAGAACGACUUCACCUGCAAAUACCUCCAGCAGAUGGGUUUAACCUACACAUGAGAGACAAGACAUCUACCAAUCGUACAAUUAUAAGAUUUAGAAAUAAACAACCUUAACUCAUCAAAAUCAGAUUUCCCCAGAUGGCAGUUUGUUAAAGAGAAUAAUACUAUAAUACUAACCAGUGCAGAGAGAAGCGACUCUGGAACAUACAGUUUAGACACCAGUGAUGCAGGAGGAACUUUAACAGGCAGUUACACUCUCCAGCUACACACUGAAGCUCAGGUGUCCUCAGUCAGUGUGUGGUACAAAUGCUUGGUCUCUGAGGACAUUAAAGUGCAUUGUUCUGCUGAUGGAGACGACCUCACCUACAGCUGGACUUAUGAUUUCAAACCUCAUUUGGAGAAUGGGACCAGCACACACACACUGAAUAAAGAGUAUCGUGGAAACGUCACCUGCUACGUAAAAAACCAUGUCAGUCAAAGCCACAAAACUACUGUACUGCAGCCAUGUCCAGUUUUUCUGUGGGCUGCUGGUUGUUUGUACUUCUCUUCUCUGGACUAAUUCUCUUCUCUGAGGAAAAAAAUGCAGGCCAUCUUUGGAAUCCUGAUGAUGUUCAUGGGAGCUGCCUCGGGUUUGCUGUUUCAGGAUCCUGUUGUGUAUAAAUUUAAUAAGAGUGAUCAGUGUUAUGUAGCUCUGGGAGAACAACUUCACCUGCAAAUACCUCCAGCGUAUGGGUUUAACCUAAACAUGAGAGACAAGACAUCUGCCUAUCGUACAAUUAUAAGAUUAAGAAAUAACAAUCUUGUCUAUUCAGAAAAUCACACCAGAUGGCAGUUUGUUAAAGAGAAUAAUACUAUGAUACUAACCAGUGCAGAGAGAAGCGACUCUGGAACAUACAUUUUAGAAACCAGUCAUGCAGGAGGAACUAUAACAGGCAUUUAUACUCUCCAGCUACAUACUGAAGCUCAGGUGUCCUCAGUCAGUGUGUGGUACAAAUGCUUGGCCUCUGAGGACAUUAAAGUGCACUGUUCUGCUGAAGGAGACGACCUCACCUACAGCUGGACUUCUGAUUUCAACACACUCUCUCUACUGGAGAACGGGACCAGCACACUCACACUGAAUAAAGGGCAUCAUGGAAACGUCACCUGCUACGUAAAAAAUCACGUCAGCCAAAGCCACAAUUCUACUGUACUGCAGCCAUGUCCAGAACCCACAACAACGCCGACCAUCAGUGUCUCAACAAGCAGCAACUUCACAAGCUUUGGUUUGCUGUUUCAGGAUCCUGUUGUCUGUAAAUUUAAUAAGAAUGAUCAGUGUUAUGUAGCUCUGGGAGAACGACUUCACCUGCAAAUACCUCCAGCGUAUGGGUUUAACCUACUCAUGAGAGACAUGACAUCUACCUAUCGUACAAUUAUAAGAUUUAGAAAAAACUAUCUUGUCUAUUCAGAAAAUCUCCCCAGAUGGCAGUUUGUUAAAGAGAAUAAUACUAUGAUACUAACCAGUGCAGAGAGAAGCGACUCUGGAACAUACAGUUUAGAUACCCGUGAUGCAGGAGGAACUUAUACAGGCAGUUAUACUCUCCAGCUACACACUGAAGCUCAGGUGUCCUCAGUCAGUGUGUGGUACAAAUGCUUGGCCUCUGAGGACAUUAAAGUGCACUGUUCUGCUGAAGGAGACGACCUCACCUACAGCUGGACUUAUGAUUUCAAACCUCAUCUGGAGAAUGGGACCAGCACACACACACUAAAUAAAGAGUAUCGUGGAAACGUUACCUGCUACGUAAAAAACCAUGUCAGUCAAAGCCACAAUACUACUGUACUGCAGCCAUGUCCAGUGACUUUGUCCACACAGUCUAAUAAUGGUUUUAGGGUGUUUGUGUCUGUGUGGCUCUUUGAAAUCAUCAUCCUGUUGUCACUGUUAGUCGGAGCCUUUUAUAUCUACACCAGAAUCUACAUGAAACAGAGAAUAAUUAAAAAUCAGGAAGCUCUGUGAACCUGGUUUGGGAAGAAAAGAUGAAGUUGUUAGAAGUUGCUCUCCUCCAUGGCAGCAAUCAUCCACCCUGAACCACCAGACAUGCAAAAGCAUAAAUAAAAGAAAAGUAACAGAAAAACAGAUUUAAUUACUCAAUGUAUUUUUCUUUAAGCUUUAUUUUAAAAGUUAAUUAAUAAUUCAUUAUUUUUCUUUCUUACACACAAUUAGUUGGUCAGUUUAAGUGUUUGUCUUCACAUGACUAAAGCUGUAUAGAGUUUAUGUAUAAAUGUAUAAAAUCAAGUGUUAAUGUGUCACUUGUCAAGUCUCUGAUGGACUUUUUCUUCUGCUUAGAAGUUUGUCUCGUUUAUUUCCACUGUUGAUUUGGUUGUAUACUGCAUAGUGUUAAGUGUUGCUGAAUUUAACAGAUAAUAUGAUCAAUAUUACUAUAUCUAUAGUCUAUAAAUCUUUAAUAGGAGGGAACAUUUUUGGAUAUAUCCAGGUCAUUUUGUUACUGAAAAAUUACUAAAAGUCCUGGGUGUCCUGAGUCAGUGUGUCUAUUUCUUUUAUUCUAUUUAGUCUGUGAUUAAUUUAUAAUAACAUUAUAAUCCUGAAACCUUGAAGUUUUAAAUAAUUAACAUACAACAAGUAAUGAGAAAACAUUAUUUAAUCAAAUGAUUAUUUUACAGUGUUGCCUAGCUAAUGACAUGUGUUAAACAAGUGGCCAUGACCAAGGAAGAAGUAAAGCUGGUCCAGAUGACCACAGAUGAACGUUUUGUUUAUUUUUUUUUUUUUGUGCUGACCUUAGAUACAGUUUCAUUAAUAUUAAUAUUUAAGUAAAUAUAUAAAAUGACUGAAAACAGGUGUUGUAUACAUUAAAAGGUUAUAUUUGUUUUAGUAGCUUUUUAUAUAUUCUGAAAGGUAAAUGCUUCUGGGGGCCUCCAAAUGCCUAGAAACAGCUCUACCUACCGCCUGCAUAAUUCUCUCUAUUAAUAUAUUAUGUACAGUAUGGAUGUAAUGAAAUAAAAAUACAACCUUUAAAAAGGAACAGAUCAUAUAUUCUAAACAGACACGUAUAAAGUGACCAUUAGGAAACAUGUUGUUGAUUAUCAUUUUUAAUCCUUUCUGAAAUGUUCACCAGACAUUUGGUUAAGUAAAAAGUCUGGUACUGGUAUUUUGAGGAACACACUUUAGUAUAUUUACUAAUGUGAGUGAAAAGUAGAUUCAUUAACAUGAUAAUAAAAACCUGCUUCAU